AACCGCAACCCCUUGGUGGCCGUCUACUACACCAACCGAGCCCUCUGCUACCUGAAGAUGCAGCAGCACGACAAGGCGCUGGCGGACUGCAAGCGCGCCCUGGAGCUGGACGGCCAGUCGGUGAAGGCUCACUUCUUCCUGGGCCAGUGCCAGAUGGAGAUGGAGAAUUACGACGAGGCCAUCGCCAACCUGCAGAGAGCCUACAACCUCGCCAAGGAGCAGCGGCUGAAUUUCGGGGACGACAUCCCCAGCGCACUGCGCAUCGCCAAGAAGAAACGCUGGAACAGCAUCGAGGAGAAGAGGAUCAACCAGGAGAACGAGCUGCACUCCUACCUGACCAAGCUGAUCGUGGCAGAGAAGGAGAGGGAGCUGGCUGAGUGCCGAAAUCAGCAGUAAGAAAACGCGGACGAGAGCCGGAGCCGAGUUCGGCUGGCCAGCAUCGAGGCCAAACACCUGACGGUCCCCGAAGAUCUCAUCCUGCUCCGGGGAGAGCUGCCGCGAGGAGCUUGCCGGGACGAGCGCCUGGUGCUGGUCUGGCCCAGUCCCCUCCCCGUGUACAUAGUUGUUUCCUUGUCCUUCCACCUCCUGCCCGCCCAGGGUCGGGUCCUCCUUGCUCCUGGAAAGAGCCAGUUGCCGGAGUAG